AUGGAUGAAAAUAAAUCAAAAUCAGUGGAUUUUUGGAUGGUAAUAAUAAAAUAUUUUCUACCUAGAUUUUUUUUUUUCUUAUGGAAUAUUAUGCGACAUCUAUAGCAAAUAAUUAUAUUUAUAAUUGUUCCUAUCAGGAUUAAGAUUUUGUAAUGGAUGUUAAUUUUUUUUUUUUUACUAUAAAUCGAUUAAUUUCAGAUACGUCCCUGUGAUGUUUACAAUCAAGAGUAUAAUCAAUGUACUUCAAUAUUAUCAAGAUUACAUCAAAUGUUUAUUUUUGGUAGUACAACAGAUUGUAACUAUAGGCACGAAGACUAUACAAAUUGUUUAAAAUGGAAAAACUACAAAGAUACAAAAGCAGCCGUAAUUUAUAUUAAUAUUACGUUUUACUCAAUAUAUAUUUAUUUUAAUAAUAAUUAUAUUAUUUUUUUUAUUUUACAAAGGAAAUCUUGAUAAAUAGUGAACAAAAUAAAAGAAUGUUGCGAUGGAAAUCAUAUUAUGACAAUAAUGUAUGGGAAAAUAGAGAUCAACCGCCUGAAAACUGGAAUGUACCAUUGCCAGAUUUUAUAGCCCAGCGAAGGUCAGAUUCGACAUUAAAGGAUUCAUUAGAGGAUUAUAGUAUAGAAGAAAAUAAUAAAUCAAUGUGUUCAAUAAUGUAAAAUUUGUUCACAAAAAAAUGUUUUAUAGUUAUGAUAAGUUUCUGUUUAGAACCAAAGUACUUUUUAUUUAUUUGGUGUUAAAUAUAAAUAACCUUAAAAUCAAAUUUAAUUGAGUGUAUAAAUAAUUAAAAUAUCUAUCCUAAAAUGCAUAAUAAAAAAACUCAAUUUCCAAUUUCUGGAAUGACUAAUGGAAAAACUACUUAACUAUAAUAGUUUAUAAUUUGGCUCCUAAUUGAAAAGUUAAGUCUAGUUUUGCCUGUGCUCAUUAAUAUCACUGGAAUAUUAAAAACCAUUUAACAAUAAAAAAACAAAGAAAUUUAAACAUUUUUAUAUAGGUAUUUGAUGUUCAAAGUUCAAAAUAUUGAAUAUGAUCAUAUGUAUUGUUUAAAAUUUAAGCUAUAUAAAAUAAAAAAUUAUUUGACUUAAGGCGUUAAAAUACUUUAUUACUUUAAUUUGAUCAUUUGGACAUUUAAUUUAAACCAAGUAAAAUCGUUAACAAACAUGCUGGAAACAUUUUUUUUUUUUUUUUUAAUUAGGAAUAGACAAAUAAUUACACAAGUAUUAGUAAAACAUGUAUUAUAAAUAAUUUAAUAAUUUAUUUUUCUAUUUAGGUAAUUUUGAAAUAGGUAUAUCAAUAUAUAUAAUAUAAUACAUAUAUAUAUAAAUGAAUAAGUUAAAUUGAAUAAAGAAUAAUAUAUUAUAUAUUAUAUUUAAUAGUAUAUAAACAUUUAUUUAAUAUAUAAUAUAAUAUUGUAAUAAUAAUAUGAAUAAAGUACAUAAAUCAUUUUUUGAUGCAUGUUAUUAAAUUUAAUAAAAAAAAAAAAAAAAUGAUACUGGGGAUAACUGUGCCACUGCUGCAGGUGAGAAGUUGAGAAGGUAGAAUUAUUUAAUUUAUAUUUGUAAACAACAAUAAAACACUAUGCUCAGGAAACACGCUCGGAGCGAUAUUCGGAAAGUCUGUAAUAUUUACAAUUUUCGUAAAAAUUUGAUAAUAAGACUUUUAAAACAAAAAAAAAUACUAUAUUAAAUUCAACUUUUUUCCACUAAUUACAACUCAUAAUGAACUUUCUGUUAAAUUUUCAAUAAUUUCUGUAUAGUCUCACAAUUUUAUAAGAAUAUUUUGAAUUGAAUUACAUUGUCGACCAACAACAAAUACUUUAAUUCCAAGACAUUAUAUUUUAUUCAUUAAUUUAUAAUAUUAACAUAGUCAACAAUCAACAUUCCAAUUCAAUUAGUAUAGUUUAAUAGUCAAAAUGUGAAAUACUUAACAACUCUUAAAAAUUUGACAUAUAGCGUAUAUAAGUACGAAACAUAAUAAUUAUUUUAUAAUAAAAAAAAAAAAACAAAUCAAUUUUCGUUACUUAAACGCGGUUUGUGGACGUUGGUGCCCAAGAAAUUGACAUUGACUAACUAGAGUCUUAACUGUUGGCGUCAACUGCAAUAAAAAAUAUUAUUGAAUGAGCAUAGUACAUCAAAAUAGAACAUUAUAAACUUAAGUGCUACCCAUUGUCCACAUUAAGGUCUACUCAAACCGAAGCAGUAGAGGUAAAUUCAACGGUAUUAUACCGCUUGACCUAUCUAACAGAAGCGAAAUAUUUCGCUGAGCCUAAUAAUCGACAUCGUGACUUCCAUGCGCGUGUAUGCGUGUUAUUAGUUAUUACAUAUUAUUAAUAUUAAUAUUUUAAAGUACAUGCACAACAAACUGCUCAUUUUUUUUUUUAAAUUUUAAUUACAAAAUGGAUAUUUAUUAGGAAAGUUCAAGUUCAGAUGAUGACAAUUUAUUAUUGUUAGCAACUGCAAUGGAUGGCAAAGAACAAGAAAUGUACCUUUGAAAUAUAAUAAUGCAUUAAUUGCAACUAUUUUUAAAUAUGGAUUGGACCGUACUAAUUAAUUAUUAUUAACAAAUAAAAAAAAAAAAUCAUGUAAUAUUUAAUUUUUAGACGUAAAAGACGAAAAGGAGUUCAUGAAAUUAAUACAAAAAAAGAAAGUUUAGACGAAUUUAAUCAUUUAACGCGUAAGCUACGAAAUGUCGCAAAACGUUUUUUCAUUAAUUUUCGAAUGCCAUCCAAUUGUUUUGAUGAAAUUUAUAAAUUUGAUUGA